UCACAUGACAGGAAUCAGGAAGUAAAGCAGCAUAAAGGAGGCAAACAAUCAAGGCAGUGAUUGCCUUAUUUGAUCAAGGUCACUAAUUGAACUGACCACAUGGUGCACCGUCAAGCUGGAUUGAGAAGUUGUUUUUAAGGACUAACCUUUCCAGCCAAGCACAUUACUUAAUUGGAUUAUCACUUUUGUGGACUUUGUAUAUACACCGGUGGACACAUUCACAUUGGAACUUUCAGCACACUAGGACUGUUUUAUGUCACAGAAAGCUCUUGAGCUGUAAUGUUCUCUAUCUGAUCAAGAAGAUUUUGAAAACAUCCUCCAAAGGUCUGACUCUGAAAUCACAAUUAAGCUUUAAAUGGCAUCUGAAGGGAGGAGCCAGGAAGGAGGUGAUUCCACAUACAAAUAAAUCACCUGGAAACCUCCUUAACAUAAUCCCACACCAUCACGGAGACGAAGGCGCUUAUCAAAGGACUGACACAUUAACAGAUACUGAAUUUUUCAACUGGCUUGAAAUUGAACUCUACUAGGCAGAAUGUUCAAUUUUUUGUGGCUCAUUCUUAUGUUGGAUUUCGGAAAUGGACCUCCAGUCGAAGCUCUUUUGAGGUUGAUGAAUGGUGUUGGCUUUUGUUCUGGACGAGUGGAGGUUCUCUAUAAUGGAAUCUGGGGAACAGUGUGUGAUGAUGGCUGGGAUCUGUCAGAUGCUGCAGUGGUGUGUAGAGAGAUGGGCUGUGGGAAUGUGAUCGAGGCAAAGAGUGUUGCUUAUUUUGGACAAGGAUCAGGACAGAUAUGGAUGGAUGAUGUAAACUGCAUUGGCACUGAGUCCUCACUAAAGAACUGUUGGACACCUGGUUGGGGAAUACAUAACUGUGGACAUCAUGAAGACGCCGGAGUCAUCUGUGAAGCCUUUAUUAGGUUGGUAAACAGCGGUGACUCCUGUUCUGGACGAGUAGAGGUUCUCUAUAAUGGAAUAUGGGGAACAGUGUGUGAUAAUGGCUGGGAUCUGUCAGAUGCUGCAGUGGUGUGUAAAGAAUUGGACUGUGGGAAUGUGAUAGAUGCAAAGAGUGGCGCUUAUUUUGGACCAGGUUUAGGACCAGUAUGGAUGGACGCUGCACAAUGUACUGGAAGUGAGGCUUCGUUGGUGAACUGUACAUCAACAAAAUGGGGAAUACAGAGCUGUGAACAUUUAAAAGAUGCUGGAGCUACUUGUAACAAUGUGAAGCUGGUGAAUGGUUUGAGUGGAUGUGAUGGCAGAGUUCAGAUUCGGUAUCGUGAGCAUUGGGGCGCAGUGUGUCACACUGGUUGGGAUCUAGAAGAUGCUACAGUGUUGUGUCAAGAGUUGGACUGUGGAGAAAUUGCUGAGCCAAAGGCAUAUGUGGGUCCCUCAGUCGGGCAAAUAUGGAUGGAUAAUGUGGCCUGUACAGGAAAUGAGCGAACUGUGCGGGAUUGUCCUUUUACUGGUUGGGGCGUGAGCAGUUGUUUGAAUAACCUUCAUGCGGGAGUUUUUUGCCAAAAAACUGUGAGACGAGUUGUGGUGAGGAUUGUGGUGAAGGCCAAGACUGGAGUCAAUGUCAAUGACCCAGAUAUCAAGAAGAAUCUUUUGGACAUGAUAAGGAACGAGGUACAAAGUACUGGGAAGUAUAGUGUGAACUGGAGAACACAGCCUGAUGAGCAGGUAUUUCACAAACAGAGAACAGCCUCAGGUCUUUUUUGAAUAAGAGAGAGAAGACAGAAAACACACACUCUAACCCUAAUUAUAAUGGAGUAAUGCUAUUUUUUCUGUUGCUUCACUGUCUUCACACUUAAUUAUUAAUAAUUAUAAUCGAAAGUCAUCU